AUGGAAUCUCCCGGGCACCUGUGGCCGAGAGACGGGGCCUCCCCUGAAUCCCCGCUGGCCGGCCGACAAGACAGCGCGCCGGAGUCGCGGGCUAGAGUUGCGCUAGGCCCCACAGGGGCGGGACAGCUCACUGCAGUGUCGCAGCGACAAGACAGCGCGCCGGGGUCGCGGGCUAGAGUCGCGCUAGGCCCCACAGGGGCGGGACAGCUCACUGCAGUGUCGCAGCGACAAGACAGCGCGCCGGAGUCGCGGGCUAGAGUCGCGCUAGGCCCCACGGGGACGGGACAGCUCACUGCAGUGUCGCAGCGACAAGACAGCGCGCCGGGGUCGCGGGCUAGAGUCGCGCUAGGCCCCACAGGGGCGGGACAGCACACUGCAGUGUCGCAGCGACAAGACAGCGCGCCGGAGUCGCGGGCUAGAGUCGCGCUAGGCCCCACAGGGGCGGGACAGCUCACUGCAGUGUCGCAGCGACAAGACAACGCGCCGGAGUCGCGGGCUAGAGUCGCGCUAGGCCCCACGGGGACGGGACAGCUCACUGCAGUGUCGCAGCGACAAGACAGCGCGCCGGGGUCGCGGGCUAGAGUCGCGCUAGGCCCCACAGGGGCGGGACAGCUCACUGCAGUGUCGCAGCGACAAGACAGCGCGCCGGAGUCACGGGCUAGAGUCGCGCUAGGCCCCACAGGGGCGGGACAGCUCACUGCAGUGUCGCAGCGACAAGACAGCGCGCCGGAGUCGCGGGCUAGAGUUGCGCUAGGCCCCACAGGGGCGGGACAGCUCACUGCAGUGUCGCAGCGACAAGACAGCGCGCCGGAGUCGCGGGCUAGAGUCGCGCUAGGCCCCACAGGGGCGGGACAGCUCACUGCAGUGUCGCAGCGACAAGACAGCGCGCCGGAGUCGCGGGCUAGAGUCGCGCUAGGCCCCACGGGGGCGGGACAGCUCACUGCAGUGUCGCAGCGACAAGACAGCGCGCCGGAGUCGCGGGCUAGAGUCGCGCUAGGCCCCACAGGGGCGGGACAGCUCACUGCAGUGUCGCAGCGACAAGACAGCGCGCCGGAGUCGCGGGCUAGAGUCGCGCUAGGCCCCACAGGGGCGGGACAGCUCACUGCAGUGUCGCAGCGACAAGACAGCGCGCCGGAGUCGCGGGCUAGAGUCGCGCUAGGCCCCACAGGGGCGGGACAGCUCACUGCAGUGUCGCAGCGACAAGACAGCGCGCCGGAGUCGCGGGCUAGAGUCGCGCUAGGCCCCACAGGGGCGGGACAGCUCACUGCAGUGUCGCAGCGACAAGACAGCGCGCUGGAGUCGCGGGCUAGAGUCGCGCUAGGCCCCACGGGGGCGGGACAGCUCACUGCAGUGUCGCAGCGACAAGACAGCGCGCCGGAGUCGCGGGCUAGAGUCGCGCUAGGCCCCACAGGGGCGGGACAGCUCACUGCAGUGUCGCAGCGACAAGACAGCGCGCCGGAGUCGCGGGCUAGAGUCGCGCUAGGCCCCACAGGGGCGGGACAGCUCACUGCAGUGUCGCAGCGACAAGACAGCGCGCUGGAGUCGCGGGCUAGAGUCGCGCUAGGCCCCACAGGGGCGGGACAGCUCACUGCAGUGUCGCAGCGACAAGACAGCGCGCUGGAGUCGCGGGCUAGAGUCGCGCUAGGCCCCACGGGGGCGGGACAGCUCACUGCAGUGUCGCAGCGACAAGACAGCGCGCUGGAGUCGCGGGCUAGAGUCGCGCUAGGCCCCACAGGGGCGGGACAGCUCACUGCAGUGUCGCAGCGACAAGACAGCGCGCCGGAGUCGCGGGCUAGAGUCGCGCUAGGCCCCACAGGGGCGGGACAGCUCACUGCAGUGUCGCAGCGACAAGACAGCGCGCCGGAGUCGCGGGCUAGAGUCGCGCUAGGCCCCACAGGGGCGGGACAGCUCACUGCAGUGUCGCAGCGACAAGACAGCGCGCCGGAGUCGCGGGCUAGAGUCGCGCUAGGCCCCACAGGGGCGGGACAGCUCACUGCAGUGUCGCAGCGACAAGACAGCGCGCUGGAGUCGCGGGCUAGAGUCGCGCUAGGCCCCACGGGGGCGGGACAGCUCACUGCAGUGUCGCAGCGACAAGACAGCGCGCCGGAGUCACGGGCUAGAGUCGCGCUAGGCCCCACAGGGGCGGGACAGCUAACUGCAGUGUCGCAGCGACAAGACAGCGCGCCGGAGUCGCGGGCUAGAGUCGCGCUAGGCCCCACAGGGGCGGGACAGCUCACUGCAGUGUCGCAGCGACAAGACAGCGCGCCGGAGUCACGGGCUAGAGUCGCGCUAGGCCCCACAGGCGCGGGACAGCUCACUGCAGUGUCGCAGCGACAAGACAGCGCGCCGGAGUCACGGGCUAGAGUCGCGCUAGGCCCCACGGGGGCGGGACAGCUCACUGCAGUGUCGCAGCGACAAGACAGCGCGCUGGAGUCGCGGGCUAGAGUCGCGCUAGGCCCCACGGGGGCGGGACAGCUCACUGCAGUGUCGCAGCGACAAGACAGCGCGCCGGAGUCACGGGCUAGAGUCGCGCUAGGCCCCACAGGGGCGGGACAGCUCACUGCAGUGUCGCAGCGACAAGACAGCGCGCCGGAGUCGCGGCUCACUGCAGUGUCGCAGCGACAAGACAGCGCGCCGGAGUCGCGGGCUAGAGUCGCGCUAGGCCCCACAGGGGCGGGACAGCUCACUGCAGUGUCGCAGCGACAAGACAGCGCGCUGGAGUCGCGGGCUAGAGUCGCGCUAGGCCCCACGGGGACGGGACAGCUAACUGCAGUGUCGCAGCGACAAGACAGCGCGCCGGGGUCGCGGGCUAGAGUCGCGCUAGGCCCCACGGGGGCGGGACAGCUCACUGCAGUGUCGCAGCGACAAGACAGCGCGCCGGGGUCGCGGGCUAGAGUCGCGCUAGGCCCCACAGGGGCGGGACAGCUCACUGCAGUGUCGCAGCGACAAGACAGCGCGCUGGAGUCGCGGGCUAGAGUCGCGCUAGGCCCCACAGGGGCGGGACAGCUCACUGCAGUGUCGCAGCGACAAGACAGCGCGCCGGAGUCGCGGGCUAGAGUCGCGCUAGGCCCCACAGGGGCGGGACAGCUCACUGCAGUGUCGCAGCGACAAGACAGCGCGCCGGAGUCGCGGGCUAGAGUCGCGCUAGGCCCCACAGGGGCGGGACAGCUCACUGCAGUGUCGCAGCGACAAGACAGCGCGCCGGAGUCGCGGGCUAGAGUCGCGCUAGGCCCCACAGGGGCGGGACAGCUCACUGCAGUGUCGCAGCGACAAGACAGCGCGCUGGAGUCGCGGGCUAGAGUCGCGCUAGGCCCCACGGGGGCGGGACAGCUCACUGCAGUGUCGCAGCGACAAGACAGCGCGCCGGAGUCACGGGCUAGAGUCGCGCUAGGCCCCACAGGGGCGGGACAGCUAACUGCAGUGUCGCAGCGACAAGACAGCGCGCCGGAGUCGCGGGCUAGAGUCGCGCUAGGCCCCACAGGGGCGGGACAGCUCACUGCAGUGUCGCAGCGACAAGACAGCGCGCCGGAGUCACGGGCUAGAGUCGCGCUAGGCCCCACAGGCGCGGGACAGCUCACUGCAGUGUCGCAGCGACAAGACAGCGCGCCGGAGUCACGGGCUAGAGUCGCGCUAGGCCCCACGGGGGCGGGACAGCUCACUGCAGUGUCGCAGCGACAAGACAGCGCGCUGGAGUCGCGGGCUAGAGUCGCGCUAGGCCCCACGGGGGCGGGACAGCUCACUGCAGUGUCGCAGCGACAAGACAGCGCGCCGGAGUCACGGGCUAGAGUCGCGCUAGGCCCCACAGGGGCGGGACAGCUCACUGCAGUGUCGCAGCGACAAGACAGCGCGCCGGAGUCGCGGGCUAGAGUCGCGCUAGGCCCCACAGGGGCGGGACAGCUCACUGCAGUGUCGCAGCGACAAGACAGCGCGCCGGAGUAG